AUGCAUCUGGCUGCUGUUGGGCUCUCCACGCUGCCUUACCCUAGAGAGAGAGACGUGCAAGGGUUCAUCCCUCAUGCGUCUGAAGGCCCUGAAGCACUCCGACCCUACCGGGACGUUGAGCCCUCUCGGCUAAAAAUAUCUGGAGAUGGAGCCUGGCCCCUGGCGAACUUCUUGGGCCCAGAACUUAAGCUCGCCUACUUGGACCCCUUGAGGACUAAGCAGCUCCUUAAGCUCUGGGCCCUCGUGAUAGACGAUUAUUUCGUCGUUUCUGCUGAGAAGGCCUCCACUCCUCCCGCUCACUCUGAGGCGACCCGUCGGGUUCUCCGAGCAAAAGAGGUCUACAAGUCCGCUCAGGUCAAAGGUUCCGAUCACAAGGAUGUGCUAGGGGCCGAGGUCUUCCAAGCCGCUGGCGCGCAGAUCGACUCCUCUGCACUUACGAGGUCCUACGGGAAUGUGCUGGUUUCUGCGCCGACAGGCAAGCUCUUGGCGUUGUCUGUGAUCAGCCUCAAGACAGCAGCCCUUUGCUCCAUCUCUGAGGAGUUAGCCUCGAACCUGGCUGGCUCGUGGAUAGCUGCCCUCAUGUUCCGGCGGUGCCUCUUUUCCGUGCUCGAUGGCUUCUUUGCCUUAGGAAAAGCCGAAUCCGCCGGGACCGCAGGGAGCCGCCUUCGCCCCCUCUCUAGGAAGGACGCUCAGGAGCUUGUUCUCCUUGCGUCGCUUGCACCGGUGGUGUCGUCCAACGUAUCCGCCGAGUUUUCUCCCACAAUUUUCUGUUCGGACUCGUCGUCCACCCACGGAGCUUUCUGCUCUUGCUCUCAGCCCCCGGAGCUCACUGCGUCGGUCUGGCUCUCCGCUGACAGGAAGGGGAGCUACACAAUGCUUAGCUCGCCGAAGACCGCCUGUGUGGCUGGCGACCCAGCAGCCCUUGAGGACCCCCUCGGUGAAGGCCUGCUCACAAAGCCAAGUGCCUUUGACUUUGAUGUCCUCUGCCUCCUUGAGGGCUCAGCUAGUAUAGCCCAGGCCUGUCUCGAGCUCGGCGCAAAAGCCUCUCCUGUUAUAGACACGAAGCACUCCGGGGAGUAUGACCUGUUCUCACCCGCCGUUGGUGGAUGGAUUUCCCACUUGCUGUGGAGUGCAAGAGCCAGGUCGUUUGUUGCUGUGCUUCCUUCUGGAACCUGGAACGAGCGUGGGAACUUGAAGCCAAGCCGGAAGGCUGGGAGAAAGUCGCUCGCCUUGAAGGUCGUAAGCUUUUUCCGGAUUGCUGUUCGAGCAGGCCGACCGGCACUCCUCCUCGCGCCAGCCUCUUCCGGCCUUUUCUCCCUCCCUGAGGCGCAGAGCCUGCUGAAGGUUGAAGGUGUCAGGCUUCUGCAGCCGGGUACCCCCGGAUCAAAUGAGAGCCCUCAGGACCCCGCUUGCCAUCCUGGAAUUCUGUUUACUGUGGGCCCGCCGCCCAAGGAGUUCAGUCGGAGCCGUUCCCUCGCCGGCCUGUCGGCAUUUGGUGUUGCACAAUGCCUCUUUGAGCUUACAGGCCAGCCCCAGGACCCGCUACCUUCACCGGGUUUUGAGAAUGUUGUAACCAACGAUGUCCUCAUCACGGGUUCCUGGAAGGUCGAUAGUGUUUGGGCGUGGGAAAAGCAGCGGCACAUAAAUGCUCUUGAAGCUGAGGCAGGUGUCUCUGUCUUACGUGAACUUGUGAGAAAGGGUGGGGAUUGCCGCUCUGUCCUUGUGCUAGACAGUUCCUGCGCCAGGGAAGCACUCGCAAAAGGGAGGUCGUCUGCGAAGCUCCUUCGACCUAGCCUCCGUAGGGCCGCCUCCUUGACCAUUGGUGGUGGGCUCUACCCGGCUUUUGUCUUUGGGCCUACUAGGCUCAAUGCCUCAGACGAUGCAACAAGGCAGGUCCCCCUGAGGACUCCCUGCCCCUCUUCACUCGUCGAAGAUCUCGAUGAAGAAGCCUGGGCUCAGCUGUGCAACCUUCCUGGGCUCUCCAAGCCGAGAGCAAACUGGUUCCGGUUGGUCCUUCUCGUCAGCCGCCCUCAGCAUAGGAAGUUGCUGGUUCAGGCUAUCGAUGACUUCCCUUCCAGGGCAUGCCCAAGUGUUGUUCCCCUGCACCUGUAUGACCCGUUGCCGCUUCCUGGCUGUGCUGCUGAAGAGUUCGCUGCAAAGGCACUGCAGCAGGGCCUCUUCCAACCUUCGGUGUUAAGUGGGCUCCUUGAGCUUCUCCCAGCCGCAGGUAAAGUCAGGUUUGAGCACCAAGGUCAGGUCAAGGUUUGGACCUCGGGCCUGUACUCUCAAGGCCCCUUUAAAGGUGUGAGGUCCGCUGCUGAGAAGUUCCCCACUGCAACCCGCCUCGCUUGCAUGGUUGUGAGAGCCAUCGAUCCCUCCUUCGCCUUCUCUUCGAUCUCGCUCCUGCGAGACCUGAAGUCACUGCCGCACAAAGAUCGGAACAACUUACGGGGCAGUGCGAGCCUCGUGUUCGCGGUGUCUUCUUUUGAGGGAGGAGACAUCUGGGUCGAAGGCGGCAAAGAAGAUUGCGAGGCAGAAGUCGGAGGCAAAGUUCUCUUAGGUGCAAAGGUUGAUUUCGACUCGACCCUCGGCUUCCCGGGCGAAGGCCCGCGUGCCCUCCUUUUCAUCCUCGCCGCCACUCUCCUCCUUCAUGGAUUUCCAGCCGCCCUCCUUGGGCCCAGGAAUGCUGCCGACCGGGCUAGGACUGGGUCGUACAGGGCUUCUCUUGUAGCAGCUUUCUCGCAAUGGAUGCUGGAAGUCAUGGGUCUCGACCUCCAGACCCUCCUGGAUCGAAAGCCCCUGGACGCGGAGAUUAUCUCUGAGGCACUUGUCAGGUACGGGAGGGAUUUGUAUGGAUCUGGGAGGCCAUAUUGGCAUUACUCAGAGACUAUAAAUUCUGUCACUUCCCUGAAGCCAGUGCUGCGAAGACAGGUUCAGGCAGCUUGGGAUCUAGGUUUCGCUUGGGUUGCCGACGAGCCCUACAGCCACCACACCGCGAUCCCGCCUGCGGUACUGAUAGCCACGAUCACGGCUUGUUUGCUCUGGGGGUGGACCAGAGAAGCUGGAUGUUUUGCGUUGGCUUUCGGUGGAGUCAUGAGGAUUGGAGAAGUCCUCAAGACCAGGCGGAGGAACCUGAUUCUGCCCGAGGACGUUGCCUACUCGCAGCAUUUUAUUCUGGUUCAGAUUGAGGAGCCUAAGACUCGUGGUCGUGGGGCGAAGCAUCAAGCAGCGAAGGUCGAGGCGGUUGAUCUCAUCAAGGUCAUAUCCCUCGCCUUCGCUAGGUUAAAGAGAGAUGAGAAGCUCUGGCCAAUGUCUCCGCAGACGCUCAGAAAACGUUUUGAUCUUGCGCUUCAUAGAGUUGGUGCCUCCCCUCCUCCGCCUUCAGUACGGGCCCUAGAUCUCGGGUCGUUUCGGGCGGGAGGGGCAACUUAUAUGUUGCAGCAGACGGAGGAUUCAGAGCUGGUCAGACGACGUGGCAGAUGGGCCUCGGCCAAGGUCAUGGAAAUUUACCUGCAAGAGAUCACGGCCUCGACAUUCCUCCCUUCUCUUCCCCAGCGACAGAAGGAGAGGAUUUUCGGGGUCGCUGCAGGCUUUUCUGUCGUCCUCGCCCAGGCCGUACAGUGGUACAAGGACUACGUCCCGAACAAUGCGUGGUUUCGGCUAUGGACCAUUCCAGCUGCGACAAUUCUCGUGUGCAGAUUCCAUCCGGUCCUUAUCGUUUCAGCGAUUGGCAUGGCGCGCUGCACCUGCAUCUCGGCAAAAAGGCUUCGGGAGGCCGGGGAAGUGCUGCAGUCGCACUCCCUCCAAUUGCAGGAGAGCCAAUCGUACUUCUGCGCACUCUCCGAACUUCAGCUAGUGGCCCAGUUUCGCCUCGGUGUGUUUUUGAUGGAGGUUUGGAAGCGAGGUGCGACUUUCGACGUGCUUCCGGACGGCAGCAGUCGACUUCAUGUUCCGCCUGUGCAGGAAAAGUACCAAUACCUGGCACCCGCCACUGUCGCCUUCUUGUGGCAGUUUCCUCCAAGCUUCGUCUACAGUGACGAACUGUACCAAAGGUUCGAGAGGCUCGUGGAGUUCCUGAGCCAGGAGGGCAGCGGCAUAGCGAAGGCCCGCCAUAUCGUGGACUUUCGUGACGGCAGCUGGUACCGUCAAGACGUCUACGACUUCUUGAGGCAGAAGCGGUGGUGCCUGGCUUGGUUGCAUCUGAACAAUGCGACAGGAUGGGCUUCGAAUCUGCCCAGUGGCUGGACUGACCGCGUCCAGACCACGAACUUCUGCUUCUGCCGGCUCUUUGGACCAGACGGGCAGACUCACGGAACUUACGACAACAAGUUCCUGCACGA